GAUGACGUCACGGCGGCGAUGGCGGCGGCGGAGAAGGCGCAGCGCUACGAGGCGUUCGUCAGCGACGUGCUGCAGCGCGACCUCCGGCGGGUGCAGGAGCAGCGGGACGAGGUCUUCGAGCAGCAGGCGCAGGUGCUGCAGCUCCGGACGGCCCUGACCCGCCUGCAGGAGGCCCCCACCCCUCUGCGCACCCAAGUCGACCUCGGCUGCAACUUCUUUGUCACGGCUGAAGUCCCCACUGCGGAGCGAGUCUUCGUGGCGCUGGGCUAUGGGUUCUACGCGGAGCUGACCCUGCCCGAGGCCCUUCGACACCUCGACCGCCGCAGCCGCCGCCUGGAGCAGCUCAGCGAAUCCCUGACGCGGGACGGGGCCAAGAUCCGGGCUCACAUCCGGUUGGUGCUGGAGGGUCUACGGGAGCUCCAGGGUCUCCAGGACCCCCCCACAACCUCUGACCCCUGACGUCAUCAGGCCACACCCACUGCAUCCUCUUACAUGUGUAACCCUGGAGUAACACGUGUGUGACCAUGGAGUAACACGUGUGUAACCCAGAGUAACACGUGUGUAACCAUGGAGUAACACAUGUGUAACCUCGGAGUAACACGUAUGUGACCAUGGAGUAACACGUGUGUAACCCAGAGUAACACGUGUGUGACCAUGGAGUAACACAUGUGUAACCCUGGAGUAACACGUGUGUAACCAUGGAGGAACAUGUGUGUAACCCCAGAGUAACAUGUGUAACCCCGGAGGAACACGUGUGUAACCAUGGAGGAACAUGUGUGUAACCCCAGAGUAACACGUGUAACCCCGGAGGAACACGUGUGUAACCAUGGAGGAACAUGUGUGUAACCCCAGAGUAACACGUGUGUCACCAUGGAGGAACAUGUGUGUAACCAUGGAGUAACACGUGUGUAACCCCGGAGUAACACGCGUGUAACCAUGGAGUAACACGCGUGUAGCCCCAGAGUAACACAUGUGUAACCCCAGAGUAACACGCAUGUAACCCCAGAGUAACGUGUGUAACCAUGGAGUAACACGCAUGUAACCAUGGAGUAACAUGUGUGUAACC